AUGCUCGCCAUACGUUCCGCUGCUUCACCGACGUCUCCUGCACGAUGUCGCUUCUUCGCGACGCAUUCGUCAUGCUUGUACGGAGCUCGACCACUGCCGUUCAACUCGCCAGCCAACGCAGUCCGACGAGGACCCGCUAAAGCGGACAGCGACGAACAAGCCUUCGAGGCGAAGCUGGCUGCCGAGCCUGCUGAAGCACCAGUCAGGCGCCUCAGUCUCUACGAUACUCUGUUGGCCGACGUAGAAGCGGGCAAGGGCAUGCGACGGUCGAAGGAGGACGGGGAGCAGCCGUACAAGGAGGUCAAGGAACCGGUCAAGCCGAAGCCGAAACCAGCGAGGGCAAUGAAGCGAGAAGCGGAGGCGGCGGUUCAAGCAGAGCUACGAGCAAAGUGGCCGGAUUCGUUCAACUACACCGACUACAACCCGCGGCUGGUGCUUGCGGCAAGCGAUGCACUUAUUCAAGAAGAGCUAAGACGAAUGAACGGGUUCGUGCGAUUCCUGCACCCGGAUCUGGCUCGGCUAAGCGCUCCCUGGGACUCGCAGGCCGUUCGGGUUCGAUCUCGAAUGGUCCCCGUUCAUUCGGCCAGGCGUUCAGGGUACCACCGCUCUCAUCCAAAUCUGCGACCGCCAAAGCGUCCUGCUCGUUCACCUCGCCCAAAUGAAUUCCUUGCAGACCAGCUGCCGGAUGUUCUGCGGCGCUUCAUCGAGGACGAGGAGGUGAUCAAGCUCGGUGUGCACAUCAAUGGUGACGUACACAAGCUUAGGCGCGACUUUGACGUCUCGCCGCGCGGUUGUGUCGAGAUCAGCGACUUGCACCGACGGUACGGCGGCGUGGGCACGGCUGGCGGCAGGUUGAUCAGUCUCCAGCGGCUUGUUGGACAUUACCUCGAGUCUUACCUGCCCAAGGACGAAGAUGUCCGCAUGGGCAGGUGGAGCCACGCUCUCUCGCCGGCGCAGAUACACUAUGCCGCCAACGACGUAUACGCCUCGCUGAUGGUCGUCGAACGAGCGGCGGAGGCUGCGGGAAGGACGGCCGGGCAACUUGCGCAGGACCUGGCUGCGCUGGCUUCGUAG